AUGAAUAUCGUUAAAAUAAAUAUUUUAAUUGUCUUGAGUUUCGAAAUAAUUGUUAUUCGCAGUGACAAUGUUCCCGUUUUUAUAUGGAACGCAAAGCUUGAAGAAAAGUCCGCUUUACAAGCCAUUUCAACCAAAGAAUUUGAAAAUAUCAUUAAUCCGCUCUUACCGCAUAACACGGUAAUCAUUUUCUUAGAAAAUCAGCUUACAUGGCGGGACUUUCAAUGUCGUCUAGAUGGGAGCACUUGCUUCCCGUUUAUGGAAAGUCAGCCGGAUAAAACCUACAUGACAGUUAACAAUCCAUUAGGGGCUCUGCAAACCUACGUAGUUAAUGAUUUAAACCCUAAUAGCGAAUUCAAUUUACCUAUCGAUUGUCAAAAAGGCUUAAAAUACGUAAUCAAUCUUCAUUCAUUAAGCAUCAAUGAAAAGGAAACGAAUUUCAAACUUCACGAUGCAAUAAUUCGCAAUAUAACGAGGCAACUAAAUCUCUGCCCAGUUCUUUACAUGUACACAACGCACCCAUCUUCCGCUUUACAAAAAGUUCAAGCACGUGGCAAACGUGUCAAACGUCAAGUUGCUGUUGCAAAACAAUUGGGAAAUUUUUCUUUCGUUUUUAAUGAGAAAUUUGCCAUGAUUUGGGAAAAAUUCUUAUUAAAGGAGGAUGACGAUCCUGAGAAUAUAGAGAUUGAAAGUGUCGAUGUAGCGGCUGAGGUAGAUGAAACAAUAGUUAACUUAAAUGUAGACGAACAUUUUCAAAAUGAAAUACACUUUUCUUCCGAACGCGGUUAUCACACACUUAAAUACAUUCAAAUGGACGGAGUUAAAUACACGACGAAACCAAUUACGUUUUCGAAAGAUAUAUCAUAUGCUUGUCAUGUUCUAUAUCUUUAUAAUAAGGAAAACACAAGCCAUUUUGUGAAAUUGGAACGAUUUCAAUUUGAACUAUUCAAGAAGCCUAUGAAGAAAUUGCGAUUUUCAUCGGCUUGGCAUUGUGUUGGUUACUUGACCGCACCUAUUAUAGCGGGCAUUAUAUCAGCAAGUAUUCUAUUGGGUAUAUUAUCAUGCGGCGUUGUUUGGAUAAUGAAUGUCGGUGCCGUGGAUCGUUUCGAUGAUCCCUUUGGUAAAAGCAUAGUUAUAAUAACGGAAGAUUAA